AUGAUUGGCAUAGACUUUUCUGAUAUUGACAAAGUCAAGAGAUAUCAACUUCUCUGCAGUGCUGUUGUUCCUCGACCGAUUGCGUUUAUCAGUACUACUGAUAGUAUAAAAAAUUUAGCUCCAUUAUCAUUUUAUAAUUGUGUUACUAGUGAACCACCUACCAUUAUGUUUUCUUUAACUCGAAAACGUGAUGGAAGUAAGAAGGACACAUUGAUUAAUAUUGAAAAUGAAAAGGAGUUCGUAAUUAAUCAUGUAACAAAGGAGAUAUUUCCACAAGUUUUUGAUGCAUCUGCUGAAAUACCAGCAGAUCAAGAUGAAUUCGAUGUGGUUGGUUUAACUGCGAUAGCCGGUGUCAAGGUAAAGUCAUCAAGAGUAAAAGAAUCGCCUAUUCAGAUGGAAUGUGAACUUUACAACUCCAUGGAAGUCGGAGAUGGCAACUACGGAAGCGCAACAAUUAUUGUUGGAAAAGUACUUUAUAUGCAUAUUGAUGAAUCAUUAUAUCAAAAUGGAAGGUUAAACACGUCAUCUAUUACAACUAUUUCGAGAUUAGGCAAUAUGAGUUACGGUUACGCUGAACAUAAAUUUGAUGUUGAAAGUGACAUCUGGAACGUAUCUAAAUGGUAA